AUGGCCUCCUUGUUCAUCUUGUGGGUGACUGCUGCUGUAGGAGCAGCCUUGGCUGGAUCCCGUCUGGUUCCUGAGCCAUGCUUGCAGGGUCCAGAGUUCUGGUGCAAGGACGUGGCUACAGCUGUUGAAUGUGGGAGGGAGCAAUACUGUUGGAGCCUCCAGAGCAGCUCUUUGUUGUGGGGGACACUCUCGGAGGAGGAGGAGGCUCCAGGGAAGAAAUGCUCUAUGUGCAUCAAGAUCAUGCAGAAGCUCCAGGAACUGGCUGGAAAUGAUCCAGAUGAUGAAGCAAUUAAUAAUGCAGUCCGACAGACGUGUAAGGCUCUGGGCAGGCCCCUGGGUUGGGUUUGCAAAACCGUGCUGAGGAAGUUCAAAGAUAAGAUUGUGCAGGCAAUGGAGAAUAACGAGGAUCCUAAUGAUAUAUGUGUUGACCUCAAAAUGUGCCGAAGUGUAAGAGCAGGUUCUGCUUCUUACAUUGCUGAAUAG